AUGGGAAAGGCUAAGAAGGGCAAGAAGGAAGCAGCCGGUGCUGGUGUUGAGGAAAAUGUCAGCGAUAACGAUGCUGUCCCCCAGACGGACAUUACGGAAGUGGAGGUGGAAAAUAGGAAGAACGAUAAAAAAUCCAAAAAGGAUAAGAGAGCCAAGAAACAGGCUGUGGAUAGCGAUGACGGUGGUGAGGAAGAUGAGGUAGCCGCGGUAACGGAGUCGGUUAAAAAGAUGGCUGUAACGAAGAAGAAGGAUAAGCCUUCGGCUGAAGCGGAACCAUCGGCCGGUAACGGUUCGGAUGAUGAAAAAUACGGUGAAAAAGGCAGCAAGGGCAAGGAGGCAAAGAAGAAAAAGGCUGGCAAAUCUGGACCGGUCGGAUUUUCGCUGUUGAUGAUGGAUGACGAUGACGACGAGGAGCAGGAGAAUGAAGAUGAAGAUCGCGAAGAAAUGACACGUAAAAGCUCGAUGGAAGAGGAAGCUGCUCCAAUCGAAAGUGGCAAAGGAAAAAAGGCAAGUGGUGUACAGAGCAAGAAGGAAACUGCCCCAAAAAUGGAGGAAGAAGAUGGCGCUACGAAGGGUGGCAAAAAGAGCAAGAAGAAGAAAAAGAAGGACGAGGAUGAUGAUGAUGAGAUCGAUCGUAUGCUUGCGGAGUUGGGAUUGGAAUACUCUGGUCAAAAACCGCCACCUACUGCGGAUGAUGCUGCCACUACGCAAGAUGCUCAAGCUCAGGCAGAGAAACCCAACAAGAAGAAGGAUAAAAAGAAGAAGAAGGAUGAAGCGAGUGCGGUCGACGAUCAGCCGGAAGUUGAUGAGCCGGAAGUGAAGAGCGCGCCUGAGAAGAAAAAGGGCAAGCAAAACGUCCCCACAAAGGAGGAACCCGUUGCGACGGAACCGGCUACGGAAGAGCAGAAGAAAACAGGUAAAAAGAAGGGCAAAAAGAAUGAAUCUUCCUCGACGGCACCGGUCGUGGAAGGGAGCACAGGAGCCUCAAAAAAGAGCGACCCACCCGGUAAGGGAGACACGGCAAAGAAGACCGAAGCUGACGCCCAGGGUGGGGAAGCUCCUGGUGAAGCGAAAAAGAAAAAACCCAACAAGGCCGCACUGGCUAUCAUGCAGGAACGAUUGAAACAUAUUCGCGAAGAGGAGGAGCGUAUGCGCAAGGAGGAAGAAGAGAAACAAAAGCUGGAAGAUCAAGCCGAAGAGUUCCGGUUGGAGCAGUUACGCCUGGAACAGGAAAAGAAGGAAAAGAAGAAGCAAAAGGAAAAAGAACGCAAGGAGCGGUUGAAGGCGGAGGGCAAGUUGCUAACGGCGAAACAGAAACAGAACCGAGCACGUGCCCAGGCAAUGUUGGAAGCGCUGAAAGCGCAGGGUCUCGCCAUUCCGGAGGCAACCGGUGAACGUCGGCCAAAGCCCGGUGCUCGCAUUCGUCCGAAGAAAAAUCAAGGCGCCAACAAAGAGGAGACAGAAUCGAAAGAAUCCACGCCGACAGCGGAGGAACUGAAAGCGCAAGAAGAACCGAAGGCAAAGGAGAAGGAAGUGAAGGAAUCCUGGGAUGUGUCGGACAGUGAAGAGGAGGUAGAGGAGAAGAAAACUGGCGCGGAGUUGUCCCAACAGCAAUCGGUUGAAUCAAAAGACAGUCGUGGAUCGGACGACGAAGGUGAUGAAGAUGAGGACGAAGAAAACGAUGGGUCCGAUGAUGACGGCGAGGAGGACGAAGGUUCCGAUGAUGACGAUGACGACGAUGAUUCUGGCUCGGAAGGGGAAGAUCGUCGGCCAGAGGCGGAAAAAAUGCGCCAGAGAGCGCUGGAUCGAAUUGCGAAACGUACGCAAGAGGCCGAAAAGAAAAGGACGCUCGAUCACUUACGAGCCGCCGUCGUGUGUGUGCUGGGACACGUCGAUACGGGAAAAACGAAAAUUCUGGACAAACUGCGGCGUACGAACGUACAGGACGGAGAGGCAGGCGGUAUUACGCAACAAAUCGGAGCCACCAACGUGCCGUCGGACAACAUAAAGGAACAGACGAAGUUUGUGAAAGGCUUCCAAGAGCUACAAUUCAAGUUGCCCGGUUUGCUGAUCAUCGAUACACCCGGGCACGAGUCGUUCAGUAACCUGCGAUCUCGCGGAUCAUCGUUGUGCGAUAUCGCCAUUUUGGUGGUGGAUAUUAUGCACGGACUGGAACCGCAAACGAUCGAGUCAAUUAAUUUGCUCAAAUCCAAGCGCACCCCGUUUGUGGUUGCGUUGAACAAGAUCGAUCGGCUGUACGACUGGAGCACGAUGCCACGGAAGGAUGUGCGCGAUAUUUUGAAGGGCCAGGCCUCCAACACGCAGCUGGAGUUCAAUCAGCGCACGAAGGAAAUCAUCGUGCAGUUCGCGGAACAGGGUCUAAAUGCGGCCCUGUUUUACGAAAAUCCCGAUCCGAAAACUUACGUUUCGCUCGUACCGACGAGCGCCAUCACCGGUGAGGGUAUGGGCAAUCUGCUGUUCCUGAUAGUGCAGUUCUGUCAGAAGCAGCUUGCCAAACGACUGAUGUACAGCGAGGACCUGCAAGCAACCGUGCUGGAGGUGAAAGCCAUUCCCGGUCUCGGCACGACAAUCGAUGCUAUUUUGAUCAACGGAAAACUGCGCGAGGGCGACACGAUGAUCUUGGCCGGUACGGAAGGGCCGAUCACGACCCAGAUCAAAGCAUUGCUGAUGCCACAACCGAUGAAGGAGCUGCGCGUGAAGAACGCGUACGUGGAGCACAAAGAAAUUAUGGCGGCACAAGGUGUAAAGAUAGCGGCAAAGGAGCUGGAGAAAGCUAUUGCAGGAUUAAAUCUGCAAAUAGCCCAAAAACCCGACGAGGUGGAGAUAUUUAGGGAUAUAGUGGCUCGUGACUUAAAAUCCGCUCUAAACAGCAUUAGACUUAGCGAUCGGGGUGUUUAUGUGCAAGCCUCUACCCUUGGAUCUCUGGAAGCACUGUUGGAGUUCUUGAGAACGUCGAAAAUUCCGUACUCCGGCAUUCGAAUCGGUCCAGUUGUUAAGCGUGAUGUUAUGAAGGCAUCUACAAUGUUGGAGCAUGAAAAUCAGUAUGCUACCAUAUUAGCGUUCGAUGUGAAAGUGGAGCGAGACGCGCAGGAGCUGGCGGACAACUUGGGCGUCAAGGUGUUCCAGGCGGAUAUCAUUUAUCAUCUGUUUGAUAAGUUCAUGGCGUAUCGGGAGGAAAUCAAACAGCGGAAGCGUGACGAAUUUAAAUCGAUUGCCGUGUUCCCGUGCAAACUAAAGAUUCUACCCCAGUUUGUGUUUAACUCACGUGACCCAAUCGUGAUGGGUGUGAUUGUGGAGGCCGGUAUCGUUAAGGAGGGUACACCCAUUACAGUGCCUAGCAAAGAGUUUACAGAUCUUGGCGUUGUAACGUCCAUCGAAGCUAACCAUAAACAAAUCGAAAGUGCUCGAAAGGGACAGGAGGUGUGCAUCAAAAUCGAGCCCAUACCGGGAGAAACGCCGAAAAUGUAUGGCCGUCACUUUGAAGAAACCGACAUGCUAGUUAGUAAGAUUUCCCGUCAAAGUAUCGAUGCGUGCAAGGACUACUUCCGGGACGAUCUAUUGAAAUCCGACUGGACGCUUAUGGUGGAACUGAAGAAGACCUUCCAGAUAUUGUAG